AUGGCCACCACCAAACUGUUUUCCCUUGCCGUGUGCACCAACCAAGCCCCGCCGUCGUCGGUGACCUUGGCGUCCGUGAUGGGCGGCAGCCACUCGGGCGCGUAUGCUUGGCCGAAUCGCACGUUGGUGCCUCUCGUGGCCCGCCACGAAGAUCGAGUCAGGUUCGAAAAUCUGCUGCCUGCCGUCGCACAGCCCUCGGCGACGACCCUGGCCCGACGGACAAACCUCCCCCCUGAAACCAAAGAAGACGAACCGGCCAAGGAAGACGACCCCGACGCCCACUUUGCCAGCACAUGCGACGGCUUGGUGCUCGCCCCGAAGGACGUGCGCAUGACGGCGGUCGCCGAUUCGGCGCUCGACACCCUCAACUACCUUUACUCCAAGGGCUGGAGUCUCCCCACGUGCAUGGCGGCCAACGCCGCCUCAUUUGGCAACCUCCACGUGUUGAGAUGGCUCCACAAGCGCGGCGUGACAAUGGACCGCGCCGUCGCCGAGAGCGCCGCCCACGCCGGACACAUCAACGUGCUCAAGUGGAUGCUGAACAAGCGGCUGGCACGGCCGACAGCAUCGCUGUGCGCCGUGGCCGCCGGCGCCGAUAGGAUCAACGUCGUGCGCUGGCUGCGCAGCGUGGGCUGCCCCUGGGACACGCGCGUGACCGACGCUGCCGGCUUCCACGGCAAACUCGACACGCUCCAGCGUCUCAUCGUCGAUAUGCGCUGCCCCUACUCUGCGGCCCGCCUCAUGUGGAAGUGUGCGGGCGCGGGUCGCCACGACGUGGCCGCAUGGCUCCACGACGAGGGCCACGCCAUCCCCGCCAGCGCCCUGUACAACGCCAUGAUCCACAACAAGGUGGAGACGGCCAAGUGGGUGAGGGCCAAGGCGCCGCCGAUCCCUUGGAACUAUGCGACGGCCAACGAAGUCAUCGUGAGAGGCCACCUCCAGAUGGUCAGAUGGAUGUUUGCCGAGGGCUGCCCCUAUGUCGGGCAGAUGGCCAUCUACGCCGGUGCGUGCGGUCACACCGACAUACUGGCCUUCUUCUUGUGUGAGCUCAAACAGACGCUCGGCGCCGAGGUUGCCCUGGCGGCGUGCAGCAACGGCCGAGCCGGCGUCUUCCAGUGGUUGGCCGACCACCGCUGCCCCCUUGACUCCAACGAGUGCCUAAACGCCGCAAUGCUGUUCGCCGCCGAGGACGUGGCGCGCAGCAACGAGACAGUGACGACCGUGAUACGCUGCAUGCGAUACAGGAAGCGCGUUCGACCUCCACAGCAGCAGCAGGAAGAAUCCGAGAGGCAGCAUAUCGCCCCUAGUGCCACAUGUGCACCGCCGGCCAAGAGACCCGCCUUGGCGUCCCAGCAAGACCGGCCCACCACAACAGCCCACCCACCACCCGCCGCCGUGCCCCUUGUCCCCGUGAAAGCAGAACAAUCCUAG